AUGGGUGAUCUGUAUCUUAACAUUUUCCCAAAUUGGUGCUUUACUACUAACCUAACUCAUCACAGAAAUGGUAGAAUUGUCCUAGCUUGGGACCCUGAUGUGUUUCAGAUGAACAUUAUCCAUAUGGACAGUCAAAUGAUUCAUGGUUUUGUGAUCAUGGGUGAUUUCAAUGCUGUAAAAGAAAUAGAAGACAGGAUUGGCUCUCCUGUGAGAUUGUCAGAUAUCCAGCCAAUGAGAAACUGCAUGGCUAAGUGUCAACUUACAGAAGUAAAAACCAUAGGCAGACUUUACACUUGGAACAACAAACAAGAUGGUGGUAAUAGGGUGUUCUCUAGAAUUGACAGAGUUCUAUCCAACUCUGCAUGGGAUGUUAUGUUCCCCAAUGCAGAAGCUUUAUACCUCCCUGAAGGCACCUACGACCAUUGCCCCAUGGUUCUGAGUUCCUACCCCACCAUGCACCAGAAGAAGCCAUUCAGAUUUUAUAACAUGUGGACAUCAUCAGAUGAGUUCAUACCCAUUGUGGAAAGGAACUGGUCAAAAUAUGUUUAUGGGUGUGUGAUGUUCAAAAUAAUUCAGAAGCUGAAAUGGAUCAAGCAUGAUCUGAAACUCCUAAACAAAACUGGUUACAGCAAUGUUGACGAAACCAAAGUUCAAAUGCAAGCCCAUCUGGCUGAGAUUCAGGAUAAACUUCACUCUGAUCCCACCAACAUUGAUUUAUCUACAACAGAGAAGAAUGCUGCAGCUGACUACAGGAAAGCACAAGACAAUUUGUUGUCUUUCCUACACCAAACAGCCAAAGUGCAUUGGCUUGAAAAGGGAGAUGAAAACACCAAAGCCUUUUAUCAGAGCAUCAAAUAA